UAUUUGAUAAGGAUGUCGAAGCGUAAUAUUACCUUUGUUAUUGCCAGAAAGAGGAAAUCUCUGAUAAGACUUCCUGUUCCUAGUACAGAAUAGUACAGAUGUCGUUUCAUGACGUCAUCGUCGCAUAUCGCCGUACAGAAAGUAAUCAACAAAUACUGUGAAUCGUCUUCCUUACGUAUGAAGGUUACUUUCGCAUUAAUAAUCAUCGAUCUGUCUUAAUCUUUUGCUUGUUAUACAAUUAAGGACAAUGUCUUAUCAAUUGUAUCGAAACACGACGCUAGGUAAUACGCUACAAGAAAGUCUCGAUGAAUUGAUUCAGUAUGGACAAAUCACACCACAAUUAGCAAUUAAAGUGCUAUUGCAGUUUGAUAAGGCAAUAAAUCAGGCUCUGGCAACCAGAGUUAAAUCAAGACUUACAUUUAAGGCUGGCAAAUUAAAUACUUAUAGAUUUUGUGACAAUGUAUGGACUUUUAUGUUAAAUAAUGUUGAGUUCCGUGAGGUUCAAGAAGUCGCAAUAGUAGAUAAAGUAAAAAUUGUUGCUUGUGAUGGAAAAACCAUGGAUGCAAACUAAUUUAAAGAGAACAAUAUGUUAAUGAUUUUUGUAUUAUUACAGCACUGGAUGCAGAUACCGCAGCAAAGCGAUAACAUCAUAUUAUUUUGUAACUAUUUUAUAAUCUCUUAAAAAGAUAAAUAUUAAUUAUAAAAAAAAUUGCACUACAGAUAAAUUGACGAUAGGAGGCAAACUAAGUAUACUUAACAAUCUCCAUUCACUUUUUUAGUAAUAGUUGAAGUUUAUUGUACAAUUUUAAUCUUCACGCUAUGUUGAAAGUAAAAUCACAAAUAUUACUUAAUUUUUUACCAUAUCAGAACUAGCGUUAGCUUUAUUUUUAUAUGGUAUGUGGGAAUGAUUAGAUUUUACACAUUGUAGGACAUCUAUUAGACGUUUACUUUUAAAAAACAGAAAUAUAUUGUAUAAUAUAAUCUUUCCAUGUGGUCCAAUUUGUUGUUCCAAAGAUGUAAAUAAUUCUUCAAAUGAGACUGCAAAGUAUAAUUAGAUAUUUAAGUGAUGCAAAAUGACAUUAAAGUCGUAAUCGAGUGUCGAAACUUGAUUCACCACAGUU